AUGGCAAAACCUAUACCAAGAAUUGGUUCACGUAGGAAUGGACGUAUUGGUUCACAUAAGAGUGCGCGUAGAGUACCAAAGGGAGUUAUUCAUGUUCAAGCAAGUUUUAACAAUACCAUUGUGACUGUUACAGAUGUACGAGGUCGGGUGGUUUCUUGGUCCUCGGCCGGUACUUGUGGAUUCAGGGGUACAAGAAGAGGGACGCCAUUUGCUGCUCAAACCGCAGCAGGAAAUGCUAUUCGUACAGUAGUGGAUCAAGGUAUGCAACGAGCAGAAGUCAUGAUAAAGGGUCCUGGUCUCGGAAGAGAUGCAGCAUUACGAGCUAUUCUUAGAAGUGGUAUACUAUUAAGUUUCGUACGGGAUGUGGUAGAGCAAGCUGGAGCGGAGGCAGUAGAGACGAAGGUGAGAGCAGAGGGGGGCUAUCGAAUCAGCAAGGGCGUAGCGAAUAGUCAAGGCUACCCGAUAAAGGAUGGCUGGCAUUCAUCAGUAGGUGGAUCCGCCGUAGGGGUUGGUUCAGCCACUCGACGACCGGCACUUGCCAUUGAAAAACCAAUAAAAGUACUUUAUGCAGCAGGGUACCACGAUCGAACGCCACCGGAACACCCCGAUAUGAGAAAGCCAUUUCGAGUGCGGUAG